AUGGCAUUUCAAUCUGCUCCAUCGACACCAAAGGCCGCAUCUGCGCCCGCUCCUGCAUCUGAGGAUGCCCGCACGCCUGGAAAGUGGCGCCAUCCUUAUCUUAAUGAGGUUGUAAGGCGACAGAAUGCCGGGACGUUUGGGGACCGCAACGUCAGGAAGCUCAUGUGGAAUGGGGGCGCCUUGGUUGCGACCUGGUUUUUCGGGAAUACAGUUAGAUCAUACUCGCUUCGUCUGCAAAAUUCGAGCGAAUAUCCUGCGUACCCGGAGCUUGCACUGCUGGCCCUGCAGCUCGUCCUUGCCUUGAACAUUCUUAUCGCGCUAUACCCUCUUUUCCGGCCGAAAGAUACCAUCUCCGAUAUUCCAUUGACUCCUACGCAGCGUUCACUGCUUGGACUUGACCCUUCCGCUACACCACCACUCACACCAGGGACCACAUACAUUACUCCACCGAGAUAUCGACUUUCUGCCUCGCGAACAGCAAGUCCGGCGAGCGCGAGCAAAGGCCCAUCGUCCGCUCUCUCUGUGAGCACUGGUCUCUCAGGGCGUAGGCCAUCGGCUGGAGCAUCGUUUUCGCCUUCCACAAGCCCUCUUCUCUACAAAGCCGUUUCGAACGGAAACAGAGACAACGGACGACGACCAAGCUUUGGGUCGUCGUCGCUUAGUCGCAGUUCGCUCUUCGGCGAAUCUAGCAUAGGACCGGCAAGCCCUUCUCCCGUUGGGGGCAAGCGUGUGAACCUGGGGCUAAGCAAUAAGUGGCUGUACGAAAGGAGCAGGCGGCUGUCUGCCAGUAACGGUAGUCUAUAG